GGAAAUCUGUCCGUUUAAAACUUUUGUUUGUGGAGAUUUUUCUGCAUUAGAUAAUAAUAUAAUGUAAAUAUAAGACGAAUGCUCAGGAAAUCUGUCGAAAAACCUGCCUGAGAUGGAUGUCUCAAAUGAUUCAGAGCCAAAAUGGCCAUCUUCUCAAGAACCUGCCAUCCAGAAACUCUUUGGCUCCAACAGCCAAAUUUUCCAGACUUCAGAGUUCAAACAGGACAGACGUUUGCAUGGUGACCGUAUUAUAAAGGAUAAAGCAAACACUCAUUAUCAGGCAGGCAUGGAGGCUGUCGAUCAGCUCGAGUUUGAGAGAGCUGUCACUUGUUUCACAAAAGCCAUAACACUUCAACAAGAACAGACUCAGUUUUUUGGAGCGAGAGCAGAGGCCUAUCUUCAGCUGUGUGACUUCAAGUCUGCAGCUCUGGACUAUAAGCAUGUUUGUUAUCUGGAACCACAGAACAAGGCACCUUUUCAUCGUCUAGCAUUCAUUUAUUACCUGCAGGGCCAGAGUUAUUGUGACCAGGGAAUGUUCUUCGAGGCUUUGGAGUCUUUUGCCAAAGCAGUUGAACUAAAACCUGGCUUUAGACCAUAUCACAUGAGAAGCUUGGCAUGUCUGACUGCACUAAGUCGCUACUCUGACGCUCUUCGCCUGGUCACUAACUGGCUCGAGAGUGACAGUCCGUCUGCUGACCUCUUCACACUAAGAGCGCGUCUACGCCACCAGCUCAAUCAGACCAUGCUAUGUUACUAUGACCUGAAGGCAGCUCUGAGGCUUAAUCCGAGCUGUCCGGAGGCACGGGCCUUGCUGGAGAUAAUGGAACAGGGAGCAGAGUGCUCUCACCAGCAGGCAGUGACUAAAGCUGUGGAAGGAAAGCUGUCUGAUGCCCUGGGAAAGAUUACCACAGCUCUCGAACUGAACCCUGAAAAUGCACAAUAUUACCUUUUUAGAGGGAUACUGUAUCGCAGACUGAAAGACUUCACUGCUGCCAUAGAGGAUUUGAUGCUUGCUGUGGAGUUCAGUGAUGAUGGAGCAAAACAUCCUGAGAGAGAAAACCCUGAGGAGUCUAAGGCUCUAGAACAAGAUGUUCACAUCCAACUAGUGCUUGCUUACAACGAUUUUGCGGUCCACUGCUUCACGCAAGGCUUCUAUAGCGAGGCCACCAUGCUUCUCACCAAAGCUAUCCAUGAGCAGAGAGAUGAGAGUGGGCUCUUUAUUAACCGAGGAGACUGUUUCUUUAGGCAGAAGGAGUGGCUUUUUGCCCUGGCUGACUACCAGCAGGCUGAGGAGUUGGACCCCCAAAAUCCAUCCAUUUGGUUUCGUCUGGCUGUUAUUCACAACACACUGGGACUGCACAGUUAUGAGAAUCUGAAUUUUCAGGAGGCAGCAGACAAGUUUUCUGUGGCCAUUAAGUACAACCCUGGAGCAGCUCAGUAUUAUGGGAAUCGGGCUAAGGCUCUCAGCAGAAUGCAGUGUAUGGAGCAGGCCAAGCAGGAUGCUGUUUGUGCUCUCGUCUUACAUCCUGUUAAUGAUGAGCUCGUCCCUCUGCUGCUCAGACUGUUCCCAGGCUGCUCUCUGUCAGAUGUCAUAUCCAGUGACACUGCUCAAACCGUCAAAGUUCAGCUGAUGGAUCGGAUCCAGACCUGGAAACGAGCAGGCUUUCCUGUGUCAAGGCUGUCCAAGAAGCUUGAGAGGAUGGUCCUCAGACACGACACUGAUAGCCAGUCGGAAACAGACUCUGAAAGUGCCUCAAGCAGGGAGCAUGUGGAAGUGAGAUUUAAACCUGUUGAAUACACUCAAGAUCCAGUCAGGAGCAAGGAAGAGGUGAGUGAAGUGGUGAAGAAGCUCCUGCAUCACAGGCUGCCUCUAAGUUACACCGGACCUCGCGUUGCUCCGCUUUGCAUUAAACACAACUUAAAGCCGACUGCUUGCACUUCUAAGCGUCCAUACUCCUGGAGGAACUUUGGAGGCAUGGGCCUUAAUUGUUGAUGACAUCCCUGAAAGUAGAAUUAAGUUACACUGGCUCACAUAAAAUGUCUUAUGAGUCUUAUGGCUGAAUUUAACCUCCAGUUAUUAUGAUGGAGCUGGAUGCAUCCAGUGAGAUUAUUGUAGUGUCCAGAUGGUUAU